CUGUCAAACGAAAGUCAAAAGUGACUUGCCAACUUCUCGAGCGGGCCAAGCCGCGUUUAUUUAUUUAUUUCAUACUCAUUUUGUUGCGUCUUUGACCUAAUUAAAAAUAUCAAUCGGCAACACGUAACGCUUCCGUGUCCGUUAUUUUAAUGUAAUACAAUUUCUCUAAAAUGGCAGCAGUCGCGUUAAAGGUUAAAAGUAAAAACGGCCAGCAAGUCCUAAAGGACUUGACCUCUGAUAGUACUGUUGGUGAAUUAAAGGUGUUUUUGUCUAGUAUUGCUGAAAUAAGCGCAGAUAGAAUAUGUGUCUUGUGUGGUUAUCCUCCGAAGCCAUUGGAUACUAGUGACGAUUCUAAAAAACUAAAUGAAAUAGGUUUGAAAACUGGUGAAACUUUGAUAGUAGAAGAAAAGUCUGUGCAGACACCUAGUAAACCUACGCCUUUGAAGCCAGUGCAGAAUGGGGUGUCCCAUGAGCCAAUAGGGCCCAGCAGACCCGGCAUUUUAAUGAAGAAGGUGGUGCCCUCGGAUAAUUCUUGCCUUUUCACUAGUAUAGGUUUUGUAUUAAAUGGCCAAGUAGACACAACGGUGCACACGCUGAUGCGACAGAUCAUCGCGAUGGAGGUGGCGAGUGACCAUGAGACUUACAACGAGGCAAUGCUAGGGAAGCCUAAUGCAGAAUAUUGUACAUGGAUACAACAGCCCAGCUCUUGGGGUGGUGCUAUUGAGGUAGCGAUUCUCUCUCGCUUCUACGGCAUAGAGAUGGCAGUUGUGGAUACUCUGAACGCGAUCAUCAACCGGUUUGGGGAAGACAAAAACUAUGGCAACCGAGUGUUCCUACUGUUUGACGGGGUGCACUAUGACCCGCUGUAUUUGGAGCAGAAUGAUGGUGGAAUCCAAACCAUGUUCCCAUCCGAGGACAUGGAGACGUACCGCGAGGCCGAGCAGAUCGCCCACGAGGCCAAGUCCUCCCGCCAGUUCACGGACCUCAACAAGUUCACGCUCAAGUGCAUGAUCUGCGACAAACUGCUGACGGGACAGGUGGAGGCGCAGAAACAUGCUAAAGAGACUAAGCAUGCUAACUUUGGGGAGGUCUAGCGACGGAUAUAGGUCUGUGGUUCCUAACGACAUGGAAUAAGUUGGAAUAUUGCGUUAAUUUAUAACCCUUUAAUAUGUCCACCUAGAGCUCUACCGUAAGUCUACCGGACGCUUGAUGGGUUAAACGUAAGGCCAUCAGUUAUCACCUACGUGGACGUUACACAUAAUGGUGUUCUAUAAAGUUAGCUUCAUCCUUUAAAGAAAAGAUCGUAUGUAUUGAUAUAUCAUUGGUAAUUACAUCAGACUCGCUUAUAUCCAUGCAAAAUGGUACCGGAAUUUUACUAUUUUAACGCCAAAAUUAAAUUCGAAGCACCUAUUUUUCCAUUACCAUUCGACAAGUUCGCUUAUAAUGUACCUUAGAGUUGACGGUGGUAAAGAGUAAUCAUAAGGUUCUGAUUUUUUUCUUGGCAGUCGUCGGACGAAUUUUGUUCGUUGGUAAAAUUGUUGGGAACCACUGGGUUAGAUCAAUUUAAUUUUAAUGUAUUUGUACUUCUGAAAAAUGCACCGAUUACAGUUUAAAAAAGAAUUUUCUUCAAUGACAGAAAUGUCUUUUUUUGGUCAACCUUAUCCUGAAUAAAAAAAACAUAAACUGAAAAACAUAAUCUAAUAAUUACUUACUUACCCGACUUUUAAACUACGUGGUGUCUAUGUAAAUCUAAAUUUUGAAUUGAGACAAAUAUAACACGUGGAAAAAAAUAAUUAAUUAAUUUAAUGGGAAAUACAUCAAAUGGUUGAGGCUUCAGUGUGCCAAAGAAUAACAUACAUACAUAUGCCUAAACCAUAUUCCUACUCGGGCGUUAGGGUAAAGUUUAUCCAAACAUCUGAAAUGAAAAGGCUUACAGGAACUUACAAUCUUUCCUUUCCUCAUAAUUUUACAGUUAUGAUCAAAUUCGGUGCAUUUUUCCAAGCUUUCUAGGCUAUGUACCUAAGACUUUCAAUCAUUUCUUUUCACUCUUUCCUAUUGGGAACACAUCUAGUUGGUGAUCAUUUGCAGAAAAUAUAUAUUCUACGCAUCGAUGGCUACAUUGGCAAGUCCAAGCCUUUUAUAGGGACCGUGCGCGUUGGAGGGUCUGCCAUCUUGUGGCCUGAAUCGGAACCAUAAACAUGCACAUGUACACGUCACAUGUUUUCUUGUGCAUAGUAGGUUCUGCCAUCUUGUGGGAUACAUCGGAAAAGGUUUUUAAAGGGUCGGCAACACCUCUGGAGUUGCAGGCGUCCAUAGGCUACGGUGGCUGCUUACCAUCAGGCGGGCCGUAUGCUUGUUUGCACCGUCGUGGUAUAAAAAAAAAACAUCACAUUUACGCCUCGCGCCAAAAAUCUGACGGCUCCUGUGCUGCCUCCUACAGUAAAUGCACGCUCCCUAUACAUUAGCUUUAAAAUCACUAACUGCCAUCACAUAAUAAUAACUAAGAAUAUGAUGUAAGCAUUGCCUGGAGGCGAAACGCUCAAAUAAUAUAAUACUUCUGUUAUUUUUGUUUGUAAAUAUAUCGUGCUAGCUAAUUUGAAGUGUCCAUUAUUUUAUCAUUUAUCAUUUUUUUCUCAUAAGAAACUAAUACAUAAUUAUAGAGAUUCAAGCAAUAGUUCUAUACAUAUACUCUGUUGACAGUCAAUCGAAAACGAAUUAAACAGCGGUUCAGCAUUUUUUUUUUAUGUGAGUCAAUUUGCUCUGCCGAAUUUUUUUGAGCAUUUUUGUUAUUCUAUGUUUUGGCUAAUUAGUUCUUAUUUGGCCUAUGGCAAUAAGACCUGAGAUUAUACCUACAUUAAAAUUGUAUCGAUUAAAAAUGUGGAACAGGUUCUUUUUUGGUGAUUCGUUGGUCUGUUUGCUCUGCCGAUUUUUUUGAGCAUGUUUGUUAUUCUGUUUUGACUAAUUAGUUCUUGUCUGGCCUAUGGCAAUAAGACCUGAAAUUAUACAUAAGUACAUUAAAAUUGUAUUGAUUAAAUGUGGAAUAAGUUCUUUUUUUGUUAAAAAUUCGUUGGUAUGUAAUUUUUUCUUCUUUUGGGUUUUUUAACAUGCAACAUGCACUUGUAAAUUCUUGUAAUGAAAUGACAAUGUUAAUGGAUUUUUUACACGAAUUUUUUGUAUACAUACACCAACUGUAUUGUAAUAAUUUUUUGUAUACAUACACCAACUGUAUUGUCAUAAUUUUUUGUAUACAUACACCAACUGUAUUGUCAUAAUUUUUAGCGAGUUUUCACUAAUUAAUUACUAUUUUGAUACACGGCUAUUUAGUUUAAAUAUUUAUUAAUGUUUUAGUUGAAGUUCUAACUUCACAAGUCUAAGAUAAUAUUCGCGGAAGAAACUGGUUCAAUUGUGACAACUGUGACACAAGUAGCUUAAUAAACCGUACCUCUUUAAGAUAAA